AUGGAUUUCCUUCUCGGAGACUUCUGCCUCUCCUGCGAUCGCCAGACUAACGGGACAGCUUUCUGUUCCUCAGCAUGUCGUCUCACACAACUGGAUAACAACUUCAACAUGGCCGAGUCGAGUACAUCAUCUUCCUCGUUAUCGGGUUACACCACUACUACCAGCUCUGUCCCACAACGAUCGCCCUUGUCCCUCACCCCAACCGGGCUCUACCUUCCUCCCGCCUACGACUUUUCUCUCCACCGAACUUCUUCUUCCAACUCUCUAUCAAUGUCUCUAAGUUCCAGGCCCCACAGCCCCAAGAUAUCAGAGCAGGCUCAGAACGAUCUCAAGGACUAUGUCGGAUCGUUUGACCAAACCAGAGCUCUGCGACGCCGAGUCUCUAUGCAAGGCAGAGAUGAAUUCAAAGCUUCUGUCAAGUCUUGA